GGGGGUCACCCCAAUAAUCCCAAUCGUGGAACCGCCAGCCUGUUCAAGACAAUGUUUCGUACCGCCAUGCCACUAAUACUAUGAAACAUUAUCCUCGGACUCUUCCUCUCCGUACCGCCAUGUCACCAAUGCUAUAAAAUACAAUCCUCCGAUACUCCCUCUCCGCAGCAAAACGCAAUAUAUCGCAACAGCUUUAACUAUCCAGGAUCAGUAUGGCGCCUUCAAUUUUGGAUAUGUUCUCUCUGGCCGGUAGGACAGCCAUGUUCACAGGCGGAACUCGUGGGAUCGGCGCAUCAAUGGCCGUUGCAUUGGCCGAAGCAGGCUCAGACAUCAUUCUCAUUCAAAGAGACAACUCGAACACAGCUACCAAAUCAAAAAUAGAAUCGCUAGGAAGAAAGGCAACCAUCUACACUGCGGACCUAGCUUCAUCUACAGAGGUCUCCGCAUUAACAAGAAAGAUUCUCAAUGAUGGUCAUGACAUUGAUAUUCUGGUUACUUGCGCCGGGAUUCAAAAACGCCACCCUGCCCAUCUCUUCCCUCAAAAUGAUUGGGACGAUGUCCUACAAGUCAACCUCUCUACAGUCUUUACCCUUUGUCGCGACGUUGGAGCGUACAUGCUCAGUCGCAAACCGAACGCGGCGGGCCACCGAGGAAGCAUAAUCAACGUGGCAUCUCUAUGCUCAUUCCAAGGAGGGAUAACUGUGCCAGCAUACGCAGCAGCAAAGGGUGGAGUGGCACAACUGACAAAAGCUCUCUCCAACGAAUGGGCAAGCAAGGGCAUCAACGUCAACGCAAUCGCGCCCGGUUAUAUCGCAACUGAUAUGACUGAGGCGUUACAGAACGAUAAGGAGAGGGCGGAAAGUGUUUUAUCGAGGAUCCCGGCAGGCAGAUGGGGCAACCCUAAUGACUUUAAGGGCCCUGUUAUUUUCCUUGCGAGUUCUGCGUGUGCGUAUGUGUCUGGGGAGAUAUUUCUCGUUGAUGGUGGGUGGAUGGGAAGGUAGAUGGGAAGGUAGAUUGAAAUAUUCCACAAUUAAAUCUUGUAUAUGAUAAUGUCAACCAAGUAUUUAUGAAUUGC